AUGGUCAAUACCAUCUCAUUCGCCGCGCUUGUGUUUGCCACGACUGCCGCCGUGACUUCGGGAGCUUCCAUGCGAGCCGAGGCAGCUCCAAUGCCGGAUGGCUCAUGGCCCACUAGUCAGGGCAAUGAAUACCUCUCAGCGCCCUAUACUGUCAAGAGAGGCGAGGUCUUCGAUGGAAAGAUGAAGACGUUCCAGCGGUCAAACGUCAAGUGCCGUGGACAGGCGGAGUGUAACGGGGCACCCUGA